GUCAUUACCUGCAACCCACUUGAACACCAUGGCGCGUACUGGCGCUCUACUCCUGGUCGCGCUGGCGCUUGCGGGCUGCGCGCAGGCUUGCAUCUACAAGUUCGGCACGUCGCCGGACUCCAAGGCCACCGUUUCGGGUGAUCACUGGGACCAUGGCCUCAACGGCGAGAACUGGGAGGGCAAGGACGGCGCAGGCAACGCCUGGGUUUGCAAGACUGGCCGCAAGCAGUCGCCCAUCAACGUGCCCCAGUACCAGGUCCUGGACGGGAAGGGUUCCAAGAUUGCCAACGGCCUGCAGACCCAGUGGUCGUACCCUGACCUGAUGUCCAACGGCACCUCGGUCCAAGUCAUCAACAACGGCCACACCAUCCAGGUGCAGUGGACUUACAACUACGCCGGCCAUGCCACCAUCGCCAUCCCUGCCAUGCACAACCAGACCAACCGCAUCGUGGACGUGCUGGAGAUGCGCCCCAACGACGCCGCCGACCGCGUGACUGCCGUGCCCACCCAGUUCCACUUCCACUCCACCUCGGAGCACCUGCUGGCGGGCAAGAUCUAUCCCCUUGAGUUGCACAUUGUGCACCAGGUGACUGAGAAGCUGGAGGCCUGCAAGGGCGGCUGCUUCAGCGUCACCGGCAUCCUGUUCCAGCUCGACAACGGCCCCGAUAACGAGCUGCUUGAGCCCAUCUUUGCGAACAUGCCCUCGCGCGAGGGCACCUUCAGCAACCUGCCGGCGGGCACCACCAUCAAGCUGGGUGAGCUGCUGCCCAGCGACCGCGACUACGUAACGUACGAGGGCAGCCUCACCACCCCGCCCUGCAGCGAGGGCCUGCUGUGGCACGUCAUGACCCAGCCGCAGCGCAUCAGCUUCGGCCAGUGGAACCGCUACCGCCUGGCUGUGGGCCUGAAGGAGUGCAACUCCACGGAGACCGCCGCGGACGCCGGCCACCACCACCACCACCGCCGCCUGCUGCACAACCACGCGCACCUGGAGGAGGUGCCUGCCGCCACCUCCGAGCCCAAGCACUACUUCCGCCGCGUGAUGCUGGCCGAGUCCGCGAACCCCGAUGCCUACACCUGCAAGGCCGUUGCCUUUGGCCAGAACUUCCGCAACCCCCAGUACGCCAACGGCCGCACCAUCAAGCUGGCCCGCUAUCACUAAACUUCCCAGUAGUUAGUCACGCUACCACCGUCGGCACGGCCAGCAGGCAUUCCAUUUUCCAGGCUUUGCUUCACGGUUUGGUGUGUCAUUCGAUGGUGUUCUUGACGACCCGCGCUUGGCGGGCCUUUCCAAUUUUUUCCAUAGUACACCGAAAUAGUUCUGCGGUGCAGCACGCAUACACACAGUACCGGACGGGCGGCGGGACCUCCUGUUUUCUCCUGACUAGUAAAGAAGUAAGGAAGGUAUGGAGUUGGUUCCACGAUGGGGCAGUCUGAGAGCGGAAUAAAGUCAGUGGGCCGGACGUUGUGGCGAUGGAUGGUAGUGAGGCAAGUAAUACGUACGUAGAGGGCGUACGCGGGUAAUAACGGGAACUUCGACAGCAAUCGAGAGUGUCUGCACGCGAGACAUUUGCGUACAGGGGAGGCACCGGUUCUCCUCGAUGAGUGAUCCGUACUUAUGCAAGUUAUAUAAGGCUGGUGUGGGGCGCUUCAGCACGGUAUGGUUGCCAGCAUGCACGGUCCGGCCUCUGUCUGGCUGGCUGGGUUGUUGGCGGGCUGGCCUCAUGCGCGCCGUCGCACAUGCCGAUCAAUGCAGUUGCUCUCCAGUAGCUGCAAGGCCUGGCUGGGCAAUCCCAUAGCCAUGUCGAAUGUGAAGCAUUGUUUUCUUGGAGAUGGAGGACAGGAGACGCUGACCGGAUGUUUUAAGACGUGCAGGAUGUGGGGAGCGAGGUAGCUACAACGGUGCAGUUGAGGCAGAGACGUGUACGACAUGUAAGAUGCCCAUGGA